AUGCGAUGGCCAUUUACAUUGACCUUUAUGGGAUCUUCGCAAGAAUCCAACCCCGGAACAUCAGAAGGCCCAUCCACGAACUAUGAGGCCGAUUCUAACGUCCUAGAAGAGUUCAAUUCUCUGGCUUUCCAAAAUUGGGAUGCCGAAUUUGCAUCUGAUCCAUCAGAAUGGGAACGGAAGUUCAACAGCGAGUGGGAAAAGUUGAUCAAGAAAUUGCAGAAACCAUGUAAAGAUGUUGGAACGGUGAGUACUUUUGCUUUUAGAAUUGUUGUUCUGGGUUUUUAGGUUGCCUUGGACAAAGGUUUUAUCAUUUUGGGGUAAGACUUGGCUUUGUUUUGCCAAAGAAAAUCUCUGAACCUAGUGUAAUAUACGGAAUUGCUCAGAUGUUUUUGCGCUUCUAAAACUGCAAGAUAAACCUAAGUUAAAAAGCUGUGGGAAUCCUUUCUUCAGCUACUUCACCUUUUCGGGACAAUGGAAUUUCUUUGUACGAAUAGAUCUAGGAGUUUUUUGGAUCACGUCUGUUCGGCAAGUGCAAGGUCAAAAUUCUAGUCAUUUUCAAUGUCUUCUGCUAAAUUGUUAUAAACAACACCUAAAUAGGCCUCCAAACUUGCUAAUAGAACAAUGAAGCCUUUAAAAUUUACUUUUUUCACUGGAUUAUAGCCAGAUCUUGUUGCAGGUAACAGAUGUUUGCGCUCACGUCGAUUCAAUGUGUAAACUGUUGGUUAUGGAGGUGAAUUCUCUGCCAAUGGCUGCUAUAGGUCCUAUACUCGAGUUGGUAUUUACACACGACAUCUUCAAGUUGAUUGUGGACUGGGCAGAGGAAAUUCCUAUCUAUCUUGUACCUACUUGUCAAGUAAGUCCAUUUUGAGUUUUUGCUUCUGGUUUUAGGUGUGGAAAUGGAUGAAAAGGAUGAAAGAAGGUUCAGCCUUUCUUUUGAGGACAAAGAAUCUAAAAAUUGAAGAGUUUUGCUAGAGUGAACAUCAAUUUUCUAAAAAUUUCAGCAUGUUUGCUUCAAAAGUGUAUUUUUUUAAUUCUCUCCUCAAAAAUGACUUGAAAUUUCUUCCAGGUCCUUCUCCUGCGGAUUUAUCAAGGUCUUGUUACCCGAAAUCACUCUCAAACCCACUGUUUACUCGUGCAUAAACCAAUUCUUCUUCCACUUCUUCAAAUUCUUCAGUGGUGCCGAAGAUCGGCGGAACAAAGGUGUUUCCAGAGAAGCAGGAUUGAUCGAGACUUUGUCUUUCUUCUCCAUGAAGUAAGUUUUGCAUAGAAUUUAUUAAAUUCACAGUUAUUAGUGGAAUUUUUAAUAUUAUCCAUGAUGUUACAUAAAAAUAAUCUCUACUUUUUUUAGAUUUGCAAAAAAAUCUCGGUGGAUUCAACUCUAUUGGACUUCUUUUUCAACCCCAGAUCUACUGACGGCUUCGAUUUGUACGAAAAAACUCAACCAUUCCUCGUUUUCAAUUUGUUGAUCAGAUAUUUGUAUGAUUCUGAUUAUGAAAUUUCAUUUCAAUGCCGAAAUGCAUUAUUGCUGAUAUUGACGGCUUCCAAGGACCUGGACUUCGUUGCGAAACAUGUGGCAGAGGAUGUAUGUUGGUUUUUUAAUUGUUUUAUUUUUGAUGUUUAGGUAUAUAAGGUUGAAGACUUUGCUGGGACGAGUGUUUAAUAAACUCUCCGAAGCUUUGUACGUCAAAAAUUUCCUAUUGCAGCUGCAAUUUGUCAUUAUGAACGCAAAGUGCAAUAAUUAAAAAAAUCGCACAGUGCGAUGAAGAUUUUCUGCCCAUUUCUUGCAGUUAACCCAAUAUUUUCAGUCCAACUUCUGCCCAGUUCUGGCCACCGGCCUCUCCGGAUGCUACUCCCAACUCCCGUUUUUCAUCUGCGAAGCCCUCCGGCUAAAAGACGACGAAUUUCACAAGCUUUAUAUCGACGCCGAUUUUGACUCCGUCGCGGAGUUAAUCAACUUCCAUGGGGCGUUGCUGUUUUGUAAUGCAGUUGUGGGCGCCGCUCACCCGUUGGUCGCAAAAAAUAUUGUCAAUUAUUUUUAUGGUGGAUUCCUGGAAGAAGUUGUAAAACCUUCGUUGUUGCAAGCAAGUUUUGAAAUUCUUGACCAAAAUUGGCGCAAAGGUGGAGCGGAAUGUUUGUUUCAUAUAAUUUUUCACCGAUUUUUUUGCCGAAAAAUUUGAAAAUUUUAAUUUUUUAAAAUUUUGGUAUUCCAACUUGUUUUUUAGAGCGAUAUUGACAAACUGAUCAGCCGAAUUGCCUACUUUCAUCUUUGUCUGGAGACCGUAACAGAGCCGGCGAUGAUCCAAACCAUGCUCAAACUCCUCAGCGCCUCCGAAACAAACGUCCCGGAUAUGAAUUUAUUGGAAGUUAUCCUCUACAAAAUGAAUCAGAAUGAUCGGGUAUGUGCUGAAUUAAGUUUAUUGUGGAAUUCUCAGGGUUUUCAAGGGAUUUUGGAGAUUUGCAUGGUGUCAAAAACCGGACGACGUAUUUUUCAGGAAAUUUGGAUAACUCUUUGGAAUAUUUUGGCUAGUUUGGAUGGAUUUUGAGCAUACAGUAGAUUAGAAUAGUUGCUUUCGUAUGCGCACUGUGAAAAUUUCUAGAAUUGAAGGUUUCUUGAUUUUGCACGGUGCGAAAGACAAAAACCAAUAUUUAACAAUGAAAUAUAGGCGAGCUUGGUAGAAGAUAUUGUUAAAUAAGGAGGAGGAGAGUUAUUGAUUGUUUUGCCAUAUGAAGUUUGCGAUUUGCACAUUGUUAAUCUGAGGAACUUGAGAUUUUUUAUUUUUUCACUGUGCUAAACUUAAAUUUUUGCAUUUUAUAGCGAAUUUAAUUAGUUCUUGUCUUACUUGCAGAUCAUAAAGGUUGUGUAUGACAUAUUCUUUGCAAAUGGGGCAGACUUUUUGUUCUUGCACGGUGAAUUUUCCGAAUCUUUGAGAUUUUUUGAUUUUGCACUGUGCAAGGAAAAAAUUUCGAUUUUGGUAUAAAACGAAAUUAUUUUUCAGCUCUGCCGAGUUGUCCUGUCUCUACUACGAACACUCUUGGAACUCAGAUCCGAGGAUUUUCUUUGGACCGCACUUUUCCGCUAUAUUCUUCCAUUCAUCCGCCUGAAACCGCAAAAAUCCCGCUUCGAACCUCAAUUAACAGUCGAUGCAGCGAAAGCUUUCCUCUCUUGCAUACCGGAGUGCUGUCUAAACAUCCCGGAGCUCGUUUCCCAAGACGCCUUUGACGCCUACAAUGCGGAGGCGUAUGAAUUUCUCAGGACGACCAAAAGAAAUUGCUGUCAAUGGAAGUUCAAGUAUGACGGAGUUACCCCAAAUAAUUUGUUGAAUCUGAAUAUACCCGAGGACAACAUCAGUGGGCGACAGGUGGGAAUUUUUGGGGAUAAUUUUGGAUUUUUUGAAUAAAAUUUUUUUACUGAAAAAUGAAAAGAUUUCGAAAAAAUAUUAUUUCUCAUUUUUAGCCAUUCACCCGCCUAUCCUCUGCCAGAUCUUCGAUGGCCUCAAAUGCAUGGAAUCGGUAUUUUACGAACCGAUCGAACCAUGGAACAUCCGAUUCGGCGUCUCUGUAUGCCCCAGACUCCGGAAGGUUCCCAUUGAAUCAGCUGGGAGAAGACGAUUUUGUCAGCAAUUUGGAUACAACCUACAGUGAUGAGGAAGGAAGGUUCAAGGAUUUGGAUCUGAGGUGAAAUUUUUUGAAAAUGCAUUUAAAAAAUUUAUCGGAGCCUUGUAAACUGUUUAAAGUACUGUGUUUUGCUGUUUAAAACGGAUUUUUUUACAAAGUGAAGCAUGGCCCGGACAUUGUUGCGGUGACCAUCACCGAAUUUCUUCAAAUUUGGCUCAUAGAAGACCCACAGGGCGUACAUCGAAAGUGUCAACCGUUUUUGCGAAAUUUGCAUUAUUCGAGGAUUACUGUAACAUUUUGUGUUUUGUAAAGUUUUUAUUGUGAUGGGCUGAGGGAUGGAGCGUUGCGGAUGAAACUUACCGACUGGAUGUUUUCGACCAUGGCCAACAUUUUCCUAAUUGAAAUGUUUUUUAUAUCUCUUCAUCUUUUGGUAGUACCGUAACCCUCAACAUACCAUAUCGAUUACUGCCAAAAAUUGGGAAAAGUGUAACCAGUUUUUAUGCUUGAUUAUAAAGGUUGGACACACUCUCCGUAAAAUAAGACCAAAAAAUCCAAAAUAAAAAUAUAAGUUUUUGAGAUAUACGCGUUCAAAGUUGCUAUGUUCGGUUACUGUAAGACCAAAAUGGAGAUGACGAAUUUUCAAACGGUACCAUUGAUUGCCAUGCCUCACCCAUUAAUAGACUAGCCUGAGAAAAAUAUUUUCAGAUCAAAAAAUAAAUAUUUGAGGCUUUAUUUCAGGCUUUAUACGAUGGUUACUGUAGUUUCUAACUUUUGUCAAUUUCGCUAACCAUUUUUUUCAAAUGACGUUUCCCAUUGAGAAAUGUGUGUACAACGUAAAAAUCAAAAAAUCAAGGUUACAGUACUAUCAAUUCUUGAAAUAAAGGGAGAUUACGGUAGCCGUAUCCGCUUUUUUCGCUGUUUGGCCGCGGCAUUCUUUGGAGCUGCUAGUGUAACCAGAUUUGAGACUGGAAAUUCACUCAGAAUGGACAGAGGAGUAUCUAACAAGGAAAGUACUUUUAUGGGGGCUCCUACUUUUUGACGGGACAUAUCUCAAAAAAUCAGAAAAAAUGUGCUGAUCAAGGAUAUAUAAAUCUUAGCUGCCCAUUUUAGGUUUUUAGGGGUGAAAACUCAAUCGGAAGUUGACUUAAAGUCCUAUAUGAACCCCUUUUCGCUUAAUUUUUCACAGGUUUACAAUUUUUAUUUUGGCUUAAAAUGGUGUUUAUUGAGUUUCUAAGACGUAAUAAGACAGUCUUGGCACAAAAAUUUAUUUUUCCGACCUUCAACUUCAAAAAAGGUUGAUUCAGCCCAAAAGGGAAAUCGAACCUGUGCGGCGUCCCCCUCUUGAUUCCCAGACUACGGCACUAACCACUCGGCCACACCUCUUUCUUCCGAAGGAACAGACCGAGCGCGCUUUUUAUCGUUUCGAAUGCCUGCGCCUUUUGUAGGGAAAUUAAGCCAGUUUUUGGGCAUUUUCACCCCUAAAAACCUAAAAUGGGCAGCUAAGAUUUAUAUAUCCUUGAUCAGCGCAUUUUUUCUGAUUUUUUGAGAUAUGUCCCGUCAAAAAGUAGGAGCCCCCAUAAAAGUACUUUCCUUGUAAGCAAAAAACCGCAAAAAUAAAAAUAUAAGUUUUUGAGAAAAUCCGGGAUUACGGUCAUUUUAGGGGGUUUUUGGGCCGUCCGGCCGCGGCAUUCUUUGGAGAUGCUAGUGUAACCAGAUUUGAGACUGGAAAUAUCUUCAGAAUAUACAGGGGAGUAUUUUAGCAAAAAAUAGCAAAAAUAAAAAUAUAAGUUUUUGAGAAAAUCCGGGAUUACGGUCAUUUUAGGGGGUUUUUGGGCCAAAUACUCCCCUGUAUAUUCUAAAGAUAUUUCCGGUCUCAAAUCUGGUUACACUAGCAUCUCCAAAGAAUGCCGCGGCCGGACGGCCCAAAAACCCCUAAAAUGACCGUAAUCCCGGAUUUUCUCAAAAACUUAUAUUUUUAUUUUUGCGAUUUUUUGCUAAAAUACUCCUCUGUCCAUUCUGAGUGAAUUUCCAGUCUCAAAUCUGGUUACACUAGCAUCUCCAAAGAAUGCCGCGGCCAAACGGCCCAAAAACCCCCUAAAAUGACCGUAAUCCCGGAUUUUCUCAAAAACUUAUAUUUUUAUUUUUGCUAUUUUUUGCUAAAAUACUCCCCUGUAUAUUCUGAAGAUAUUUCCGGUCUCAAAUCUGGUUACACUAGCAUCUCCAAAGAAUGCCGCGGCCGGACGGCCCAAAAACCCCUAAAAUGACCGUAAUCCCGGAUUUUCUCAAAAACUUAUAUUUUUAUUUUUGCUAUUUUUUGCUAAAAUACUCCCCUGUAUAUUCUAAAGAUAUUUCCAGUCUCAAAUAUGGUUACACUAGCAGCUCCAAAGAAUGCCGCGGCCGGACGGCCCAAAAACCCCCUAAAAUGACCGUAAUCCCGGAUUUUCUCAAAAACUUAUAUUUUUAUUUUUGCUAUUUUUUGCUAAAAUACUCCCCUGUAUAUUCUGAAGAUAUUUCCGGUCUCAAAUCUGGUUACACUAGCAUCUCCAAAGAAUGCCGCGGCCGGACGGCCCAAAAACCCCCUAAAAUGACCGUAAUCCCGGAUUUUCUCAAAAACUUAUAUUUUUAUUUUUGCUAUUUUUUGCUAAAAUACUCCCCUGUAUAUUCUGAAGAUAUUUCCGGUCUCAAAUCUGGUUACACUAGCAUCUCCAAAGAAUGCCGCGGCCGGACGGCCCAAAAACCCCCUAAAAUGACCGUAAUCCCGGAUUUUCUCAAAAACUUAUAUUUUUAUUUUUGCUAUUUUUUGCUAAAAUACUCCCCUGUAUAUUCUGAAGAUAUUUCCAGUCUCAAAUCUGGUUACACUAGCAUCUCCAAAGAAUGCCGCGGCCGGACGGCCCAAAAACCCCCUAAAAUGACCGUAAUCCCGGAUUUUCUCAAAAACUUAUAUUUUUAUUUUUGCUAUUUUUUGCUAAAAUACUCCCCUGUAUAUUCUGAAGAUAUUUCCGGUCUCAAAUCUGGUUACACUAGCAUCUCCAAAGAAUGCCGCGGCCGGACGGCCCAAAAACCCCCUAAAAUGACCGUAAUCCCGGAUUUUCUCAAAAACUUAUAUUUUUAUUUUUGCUAUUUUUUGCUAAAAUACUCCCCUGUAUAUUCUAAAGAUAUUUCCAGUCUCAAAUAUGGUUACACUAGCAUCUCCAAAGAAUGCCGCGGCCGGACGGCCCAAAAACCCCCUAAAAUGACCGUAAUCCCGGAUUUUCUCAAAAACUUAUAUUUUUAUUUUUGCUAUUUUUUGCUAAAAUACUCCCCUGUAUAUUCUGAAGAUAUUUCCAGUCUCAAAUCUGGUUACACUAGCAUCUCCAAAGAAUGCCGCGGCCGGACGGCCCAAAAACCCCCUAAAAUGACCGUAAUCCCGGAUUUUCUCAAAAACUUAUAUUUUUAUUUUUGCGGUUUUUUGCUUAGAUACUCCUCUGUCCAUUCUGAGUGAAUUUCCAGUCUCAAAUCUGGUUACACUAGCAGCUCCAAAGAAUGCCGCGGCCAAACAGCGAAAAAAGCGGAUACGGCUACCGUAAUCUCCCUUUAUUUCAAGAAUUGAUAGUACUGUAACCUUGAUUUUUUGAUUUUUACGUUGUACACACAUUUCUCAAUGGGAUAGCUGGUCUAAAUGCGUCAUUUGAAAAAAAUGGUUAGCGAAAUUGACAAAAGUUAGAAACUACAGUAACCAUCGUAUAAAGCCUGAAAUAAAGCCUCAAAUAUUUAUUUUUUGAUCUGAAAAUAUUUUUCUCAGGCUAGUCUAUUAAUGGGUGAGGCAUGGCAAUCAAUGGUACCGUUUGAAAAUUCGUCAUCUCCAUUUCGGUCUUACAGUAACCGAACAUAGCAACUUUGAACGCGUAUAUCUCAAAAACUUAUAUUUUUAUUUUGGAUUUUUUGGUCUUAUUUUACGGAGAGUGUGUCCAACCUUUAUAAUCAAGCUUAAAAACUGGUUACACUUUUCCCAAUUUUUGGCAGUAAUCGAUAUGGUAUGUUGAGGGUUACGGUACUACCAAAAGAUGAAGAGAUAUAAAAAACAUUUCAAUUAGGAAAAUGUUGGCCAUGGUCGAAAACAGUCACACAAAAAGUUUUGGACUCAUAGAACCAUCAGCCGGCCCACAACCAACGCCACUUUAUAAAAUACAAAAUGUUACAGUAAUCCCGGAAUGGAUGAAAUUUCGCGAAACCCUUCUUCGCUUUUUAUCAGCAUGCCCAAGCCCUUCUACUGGCCUAGUUUCAAGAAAUUUGGUGAUGGUCGUUGCAACAAUGUCCGGGCCCCUUGGAGGGAAGCUUCAGUUUGUAAAAAACUCUGUUUUAAAUCAUUUGCGAUAGCUAAAGCAAAAUGCCAAAAUUGGCGGGAAGUUCAAAAAAAUUUGAAUUUUUAUACGAUUUUUUUCGAAAUUUUGAGAUAAAAAAUUUUUAUGUUUAAAUCAUGUUUUCAGCAACGAAGAAGACCCAAAUGAGAUGUUCACUUCCAAUUACGAACUCAUGACCCAAUCCCACAUUGAUUAUUUCCAAUUUGCAUACGACGGAGCUUCCGAAUCGGACGGGACUUCGAGAAAAAAUUCGGUGAAAAGCGAGGAAAAGGAAGAAAUAAAAGCAAUGGGAACACCGUUGGAGCCGGCGAAAUUGGAAUUGAUCAAGGCAAUAAACGAAAAAGACUGGAGGGAGCUGAAAGAGGUGAGUUUUGAGAUGUUGGUAUUUGAUUUUUUUGUGAAAUGUUUUACUUUUUAUUUAAUUUUUCGCCUUUUUCUUCUAGAAUAUCCCCGAAUUUACCUCCACAUUGAAGUCAAUUCCACUGACAAACAAGAAUUUGGCCAGUCAGACCGUCGACGAAGCCAUGGACCUGAUCAACGCCCGUUUUCAGCACGUUUACGAGCUAAAAAACGAGUUGGAAGCAAUAGAAAAUGAGCGAAAACUGGUCGGAAAUCCCUUGAAAUUGGAUCUAAAUUUGUCGAAUAACAAAAACCAGCCGCAGGGAGGCUUGCUGAUGACCUGCACCACCGAAAAAGGCGCUGGAUAUCUGUAUGAGGCCUUGAUCACGUGCCUAGAACGACUGGUCGAGCAUGGAAUCACGACCAAUGUUCAAUUGGCACUCGUGUUUGAAGUCUUAACUUCAUAUCCGCAGCCGGUUCUGGAGACUUUGGUGUUGUAUUCAGACGUCAUGAAGACACCAUUUUUGCCAAGAAUUGUUCGAGUCCUGGAGAAACUGAAGAUGCAGAUUGAUGCUUUUGCCACCAGCAUCGAUAAUUUUGAGGAAUAUGUGAAAAGAGGAGCCAAACAUCGGUGAGUUUGGAGAUGAAAAUUGAGAUUUUAACGAUUUUUUGAGCAAACAAAUUGGCCGGAAUUCGCUAUAAUAGAAAUCGUUUUCAAAGGGAGAUAUUUGAAGUUUUCGACGUGAAAACGUGGGAUUUUGACGAAACUGGGGAAAGACUUCGGAUUAAAAUUUGACAAGACAUACGGCAGAUUUUUCAUCUCACAAUUUCCAGAAAUCAUCGAGAUUUUUAGAUGAAAAAUUGGCAGAAAUUUUAUGCUUUUUUGAGUUUUUCAAUGUAGAAAAGUCACGUUUUAUUCGAGGUAUCAGCUAUUACGUCAAAGAGAAUGUGAAUUUUCCGUUUUUGAAAAACGAAGGAGCAUCAAGGUUGUGUCAAUUUUUGAUCGAAAAAUCUCGAUGAUUUCUGGGAAUUGCGAGUUAAAAAUCUGGCAUAUGUCGUAGCAAAUUUUAAUCCAAGUCUUUGUCCGCUUUCGUCAAAAUCGCGCAUUUUAUGACCAACAAUUCGACCACGUUUAAUAUGUCAUAUUAACUCACGGGAUGUUCCAAAUUUGCCGUGUUUCAGUUCCAACCUCACGAACAGCUAUCGCCGAGGGAUGGGUUCGGGUCGUUCGACCUUCCGCCACACAUUGAUCGUCAAGGAACUGAGCGAAGCCGACCAGCAAAGGACCAAACACUUCGCUUAUGCGGCUAUAAUUCUCUCCCAAAUAUGCCAACUUCUCGCCGCAAACGCUCUACAACAUACACCAACUUAUUCUGUUGAUGGCUGA